GCUUGCACUACAUUCCCACCAACUAACCAGACCAUCCAGGACACGCUGCGCACCUCAAUAACCAAUCUCCAAACCCAACAAGCCCAGCUUGAAGCCGAGAUAGCAGAAAUCAAGACGCAACUCAUAAAUGAUCCCUCAGAGACCGUGAAACGGCACAUCCGCCUCUUACACGAGUACAAUGAGAUCAAGGAUAUCGCCCAGGGUCUAAUGGGUCUCAUCGCCGAAGCACGAGGUGUGCGACACGUCGAUGUGCAGCAGGAGUAUGGAGUGGAGGAGCAGGACUGA